AUGGAUGGGGAGGCUGACGAUGAGGAUAAUGAUGGUGGCUUGAAUGACAGCACCGUGUCCUUGAGCGCGUGCCAUCACCGUGUGCCACGGCAACAAGAGGCACUACCUUCUCUCUCGCUCUGUCUCGAGCAGGCCUCUGACAUUGUCAUCACCGCUGCCAUACGGCGGUCGGUGCCAUGCACGGGCACGGAGACAGUGAGCCAGCUCGUGGUCUCCAGCGUGGUGGCUGGAAUGUGCACUGAGGGCUACACUGGCACGUCGUGCACGACAGCUUCUCAUUCCACUGACAGCCACCAGCAUUGCACCUUUGCUGUGAUUGAGUGCUGCCAGCACGUGGCCCCACCUCAACCUGCCACAUCAUCAUCACCGUCCCCGACACUGCCAUCUUCAACCACAACUGCUGCUGUUUUCCGCCACCUCAUCUUCUGCCAGCGAAGCAUCACACCGCGGCCACAGCCGUCACUGCACGCUGCCGGUUUCAAGCAGCUCACUGCGCUGGAUGCUGUUGGCCCGUGGACCACCACACCGUUCGGCAGCAAGGAUGUGGCCAUCGUGUUUCUGGUUGGCAUGCAUGUGCUGGCCGACGUGGCGCAGGAGCGGUUCAGGGACUACGACAAUGACUCUGUGCCGUUCAUGAAGAACAUUCUCCAGCACGCGAACGACAGGCAAUACCGCAUGCUGCGCGGCCUGAUGGGCGUGUCUGUCUGCAAGGACAUGUUUGCGCCGGAUGCACACGACCUCAUGCGCGUUAUGCAAGCCAGCGCCGCCCAGAUUGAGGAGGAGGAUCCACAAUCCACAUACAUCCACACAAGCCUCACCGCCACCCCUUGUCGUCCUGCCGCGUUCAGCUGUUGA